AUGAAAAUUGGAAAAAUCAAGAUACUUCAAUCGAGGACUGAAUUGGGUUUUAAUAAGAUAGUAUUUCUGAUCCUCUCAUGCCUUUAUACCCAAAUGGCUCAUUGGCGAACUGGUCUCUCUUCAGUAAGCGGUAGAGCUAACCAAACUGAAUUGCAAUUACUCAUUACUUACCUCUUUCUUUCAAGCCUAUUAUUUUAUGCUGCUCCCUCACCUGAAAUUCAAAUUAUAUCCAAUUCCGAGUCAACAAAUAUUGAAAAUGAAGCUGUCGAUCUAUUAAUUUCAUAUCGAUUUGGUGAUAAACAAAAUAGUCAAAGGUUAUUUGGUACAUUCUCAAAUGCAGGAAGCAAUUAUGAAACCGCCGGAGACAUUAUCCAGAAGCAUACGUUCCUAAAACAAAAAUAA